AUGCUACUGCGAUCGGCCCUCUCAGCUCUGUACUUUUGUCUCGGCAUAGCGUCCACCAAAUCACACCCAACGGUCUAUAUGAUUCGACACGGCGAGAAGCCUCAGAACCCAAACGAUCAUGGUUUAACCCCAGAUGGGGUCAAGCGGGCACAGUGUUUGAGACGUGUUUUCGGUCAAGGCUCAGAGUAUGGCAUAGGGCAUAUUAUGGCACCUCGUGUGAGAUGGGAUGGCGCGCAUGGCCGUGCGUUUAAAACCGUUCUACCUCUUGCCAACGACCUCGGUCUCACAGUUGACACACACUGCAAGCGGAAUAAAGUGAAAUGUGUAGCCAAAGCGAUCGGGUCGUAUGAUGGACCGGGCAACAUUUUGAUUGCAUGGCGGCAUUCGAACAUGGGUGGGAUCGAGGAGGCGCUUGGUGCUCUGGAGCCUAUUGAAUAUCCGGAUGAGCGGUAA